AUGGCGAUUUCUCUGGAAGCAGCCAACCUGAAGGUCUUCGCGUUCCUAGCUGUUGCGGAGCUGGCGCUUCGCUGGGGCAUUGUGUCAGCUGGCCUUAUCUCCAGCGACUUCACGACGGUGCUGCGGACGCUGCCUCGCUCUGGGCACCAGGUGGUGGCGGUAGAGGCCCGUGACCUGAGCCGGGCGAAGGAGUUUGCGAGGAAACACGACAUCCCCAAGGCCUACGGAUCCUAUGAGGAGCUGGCCAAGGACCCGAACGUGGAGGUGGCCUACGUUGGCACCCAACACCCCCAGCACAAGGCCGCGGUGCUGCUUUGCCUAGCAGCGGGCAAGGCUGUGCCGUGCGAGAAGCCCAUGGGCGUGAACGCCGCGGAAGUGCACGAAAUGGUUCCUGAGGCCGGAUCCCGAGGCCUAUUCCUUAUGGAGGCCAUCUGGACCCGCUUCUUUCCUGCUGUAGAGGCUCUGAGGUCUGUUCUGGCCCAGGGAACUCUGGGGGACCUUCGGGUGGUUCGGGCAGAAUUUGGGAAGAAUCUCACCCAUGUACACCAGGCCAUAGACUGGGCCCAGGCUGGAGGUGGCUUGUUAGACAUUGGCAUCUACUGCCUCCAGUUCAUCAUUAUGGUCUUUGGUGGGCAGAAGCCGGAGAAGAUUUAAGCUGUGGGAAGGCGCCAUGAAACAGGUGUGGACGACACUGUCACUGUGCUACUCCAGUACCCAGGAGAGGUCCACAGCAGCUUCACAUGCAGCAUCACUGCCCAGCUCUCCAGUAUGGUCUGUGUGAGUGGUACCAAGGGCAUGGCCCAGAUCCUCGACCCCUGCUGGUGUCCAACAGAGCUGGUGGUGAAGGGGGAGCAUAUGGAGUUCCCAUUGCCCCCAGCCCCAGGCAAGGAGUUCAAUUUUACAAAUGGAAUGGGCAUGAGUUAUGAGGCCAAGCACGUCCAGGAAUGCCUGCAUAAGGGCCUGAAGGAAAGUCUUGUGAUUCCUCUGGCGGAAAGUGAGCUCCUGGCUGACAUGCUUGAGGAGGUGAGGAAGGCCACUGGAAUCACCUUCCCCCAAGAUAAACACUGA